GUAAAGUAAAGGAUGCAACUUGUAACUUGUAAUUGGCUCCAUAUGCGGGGUCAAUUGUUACAAUUACUGGGAUUAGUCGUUACAAAUUCGGAUUUCAAAAUAUAACGCAUUUAAUUAAAAUAAAUUAAAAAAAUUGUGCAUAACAUAACUUUAUUUAUAACUUUUAAAUAAAAUAUACACAUUAAUGUAAAAUUAAUGAUACAAACGUUUAUCAGUCUUUCUCUUACAUAAAUCACAGUGGAAAAAAGUAUAAAUAUAAGAUUGCACUAUAAGGACAGACUACAGAAAUCUAACAUUAUUUUAAAUUUGUUUCGGUUGAAAACAAAAAUAAACACUGUAACAACACACUCCGUCAACCAGUUCCGACUUACCAUAUUUACACAUUUUAAUUGUUGCUUAAGCAAAAAAUAUAUUUUAAGACGUCAAUAUAAUUGUAAGUUAUUAUUUAUAAAGUAAAGACUCUAAAGAAAUAGUUGGAACUAUAAUAUAAUAAGCAGAUUUAUUUUAUUUAUUUAUUUAAAUAUAACAUUUAAUAUAUCACUGAUUUAUUUUACUUUUAGCUAUCAAAAACUGAAAUUAUUUUUUAUUUCUGAAAAUACACUAUUCAGUCCGAAAUAACUUAUUGCAGCAUGACUGCAAUGUUUUUGCGGAAAUACUAUAUUUUUUAUAUAGUAUUACCAUUUGUCAUUUUGCAGCAAUUUUAAAUGUACCAACGUGCCCCAUAUAUCAACCAAUCCCGGUCUCCCCUAUUAUAUGCAUCUCAGGAAUUGUGUGAUAGAAUGCUAUAUGACAUAUUAAUCACUAUUAAUUUUCAUAGAUUUUCCAAUUGUUUUAAAUUAUAUUAGUAUUGAUAAAACUAGCUAUUUUAAAUUUAAAACCAAUUUAUGAAAUAAAAAGUCAAACUUUGUUUUUAAAUUGGUAUUCAAUAUGAUAAUUCUUGCUUAAUAUAUUAUAUCUAUUUGUGUUAUAAACGUGACACUUUAUUAUUAAAUCCUCGCCAUUCACUGUUCAGCGAUUCUUUCUAAUAAUCAUGAUUUCUGAUUUCUAAUAUAAUAUUUUUGUAAAAAUAAAUUGGACUCAGACUGAGGCGUUUAUAUGGCGCUUAGUGCAAAUGUCUAUGACCUGUAGCAAGGUUAACGCAGCCGUACCCAGGCUCACAGUAGAAGACGCACACGAAGAAGAGGUAGGCCAAUAAUACGAGGCUCGUCGGUGAAGACAAAUCCCGUUCACCGCUGUGCUGCAUUACAGCUCCGGCCUCGGCACGGAUCGCCAACGAAACGAGAGAGAGCGGCGGGCAGUCGAUCGGUCACCGUGCACGCGUGCUUUCAGUGGUGUCCCCGACAGUGUUUCGAGAACUGCGAACUCUACAAAUUCCUUCUUUCUCUCUCUUUCUUUCUUUCUCCCUCUCUUUUUCUCUCUUUCUUUCUUUCUCUCCUUGCGCCUUUCGCAUACAUACGCACAUACAAAGUGGAUCGUUCUCUCUUUCUCUCCUCAACAUCCAGGACUCUGAAACUCGUUUCAGUCAGCCACGGGUUGUCCGUUGUUCCCGCGUUGUUGGUUCACGCGUUGUUGGUCGCGGGCAACAGCUCGAGGAAAAGAACGUGGAUUUGGAUUUGUUUUCUUCUUGUUAGUCUAUUUCUCAUCUUUUUAUCGAAAAAUUAGUGGGUGUGCAUAAACGAGCGAGUGUUUAUGUGUAUACGUCUGUGCAGAAGAAUGCGGUAGGAUGCGUAUCCAGGAAAGAUGUUUCCUGCUGGGUCUCUGCCUCUUAGGCGGGGUCGCCUUUUCUUUCACAGCCGCCAAUGCUGAAACGCAAAUUACUACGACACCCGGAAUGCAGCCCUUUCGUACAGAAUGGCGGAAUGAUACAACAGAAUUGAGAAAUGUGUAUCCAACAAAAGAAGCUGAUAUUAAGGCGACAACUGAAGCUAAGAAAAAGCCCGUAAUAGACUUUAAGGUUAAAAGCGAACAGAAAUACCAAAAACCCACCGUCAAGGAUGAUGAGAAGAGAGUAGAUUUCGAUACUUCGACGAUUUCACCUACGACAACUUCAAUAAAAGUCGAUCAAUCUUCGGCAACAAUGAAAUCUAUGAACACUGCGAGUAUAAUGAUUCCGUUUCUUCUCCAUGGAGUACCGAUAGUUGCUGUAACAAAGACGACACUGCCAAGUAAUCUUACUGUUGAGGAUACAAAUAGCACAGUGGGGAUUCAAGUGACGGAAGAGACGUCAUCAAGAGGCAGAGCUUUAAAUGUCACCGCCUCAGAGCCAGUAAACUCAUUACACGCUAAUAUCACUGAUCUCAGUGACAUCAGCAUGGAUGAGGAUGACAAAGAAGUCGAAGGCGGAGAGUACAUCGCGCCACAUAACGAAACUGCCAUGAACAUUUCCUCGACAUUACUUCCGAAGGCAUCAGUGUGUAUCCAUGGAAAUCAUACUUACUUACUGGGUGAAAAAAUUAUUCGAGAUUGUGAGGAGAAGUGCGUAUGCUCUGAGAGUGGAAUUACGGAUUGUCAGCCGUUAUGUGUUUCCCCUUACGUUAGAUCGGGGAAAGAGCUUAAAGAUCAUUUGUGCCAAGAAAAACUGAUUGCUGAAGAACCGUGUUGCGCCCUUAUUGUCUGUCCCGCUUCAGAUUCAGGUAUGUCCCUUCAUAUUCUCAGAAUUUAAUGAUUUUUAGACUCA